UCAAAGUGCAAUGUAAAGUGAACAUUCAACUUUGAAAGUGCAAUAAGCAGCAGCAGCUUAAACCCUGAGGCGAUGUUUAGCCUGGCCACCAAGCUAUCAACAACACGACCCUCCUCCUCACUCAUCCGAUCAUGGUCUACCAAACUCCAUCACCAAUUUAACCCUAACCCUGUUGCUCUUCAAAUCAUUGAUUACGCCUUUUCCCUUUCUAGGUCCCACAAAUCAGAUGAAUCGUAUGCUCAAGGUUUAUUGGUGCUAGAACAAUGCGAAUCUAAUCAGCAUGAUGUGAAUUCUAAAGGAUUCGUUCUUCUUGCAAUUUCCACUCUUUUGUCUGAAAGAGGAAAUUUUGGUGGAGCUAUUGAGAAACUGAAUAGGUUUAAUGAGUUGAAUGUUUCUUGUUUUCCUCUUAGAGUGGCUGCCACUGAAGCACUUGCAGGACUCCAUUUAGAAUUAGAAGAGGAUGAUACUUCUUCAGUGAUAGCAGAUGCUUGCUUAAACGAUUUAGAUGCUGUGAAACCGGAACUUGGGGAUGUAUUUGGAUUAUUAGAUGCUCGUGUUAGAGCAUUAAAAGGGCUUAUAGAGCUUACUCGGGGUAACGUAGAUUCAUCCCGAACUUGUUUCGAAGGAGUUCAAAAUAAUUUAGGCGCGGGAAACGGUGCUUUAUCGUAUGCGGAAUUCCUACACGCAACACGGGAUUUCUCAACUGCAAAGCAAUUAUAUGAGAAUGUAAUUAAACAUAUACCGGAAAGUAAAGAUUAUAGUGAUCCGUAUAACUUGGCUGCUGGUAAUAUGGCACGUGAGGACAUUCUUAUGGCUGCCACUUGUGCUUUAGGACAACUUGAGUCGCACAUGGGGAACUUUGACGAUGCAGAGAAGAUACUCACACAGGCACUAACAACGACUGAAGAACGUUUUGGGCCUCAUCAUCCAAAAAUGGGAAUAAUAUUAACUUGCAUAGCUCUCAUGUUUCGGCACAAAGCAAGAACCGAGCGUUCUAGUUCCCUUAUGGUUCAAGAGGGACUUUAUAGAAGAGCAUUAGAAUUACUGAAAGCUCCUCAAUUGGAAACCGAAGUUCAACACGCCAGAGUGCAUGGAAAGGACAUAAUUGCCCUUGCAAGAGGUGGGUAUGCUGAAACACUGUGUGUUCAACAAAACCGGAAGGCUGUGGGGGAGCAAAUGAAGAUUUGGGCAGAGGCUGCAUGGAAAAACCAAAGACUCUCAUUAUCAGAAGCAUUAGACAUAUCUUCUAACCCUAGUUCCAAAAUCCCAAUUAUAGAUGCUAGAAUCAGUAGGGCUUUUUAGAAUCUUCCAUCUGAGAUGCAAUAAAGUUUUCAUAGGCUUUUAAACAUGUGUAUGUGGUGUACGGAAAUUUAUCAGAUGUAGUGUGAGGAAGAGAUGCGGUUAAAUAGUCGUUUUUAUCAUAUUUAGAGGGUGUUUAGGAUUACGUUUUGAAGUGAUUAUUUGAUUAUUGCGUUUGUAAAACAUAAAUAAUCUAAAAAAGUGUUUGGAUGAAAAAGUGAUUAUCUGGA